UACUGCCGCCUGUGGCGGGGGCCGGACCUCCAUAGCCACCAUGAGCUGCGCGCCAUGGAGAUGUGCGAGUUCGCCUUCAACAUGAAGAAGGACGAGGUCUGCGUGAACCCCUACCACUACCAGCGAGUGGAGACGCCAGUGCUGCCGCCGGUGCUGGUGCCUCGGCACACCGAGAUUCCCGCCGAGUUCCCGCCCUUGGACGAUUACAGUCAUUCUAUUCCCGAGAACACUAACUUCCCAGCAGGGAUCGAGCCACAGAGCAACUACAUUCCAGAGACACCCCCUCCAGGCUAUCUGAGUGAGGAUGGAGAAACUAGUGACCACCAGAUGAACCCCAGCAUGGAUGCAGGUUCUCCAAACUUAUCACCAAAUCCUAUGUCUCCAGCACACAAUAAUCUUGAUUUGCAGCCUGUUACCUACUGCGAGCCGGCCUUCUGGUGCUCCAUCUCCUACUACGAGCUCAACCAGCGCGUGGGCGAGACGUUCCACGCGUCGCAGCCCUCCAUGACCGUGGACGGCUUCACCGACCCGUCGAACUCGGAGCGCUUCUGCCUCGGGCUGCUCUCCAACGUGAACAGGAACGCGGCGGUGGAGCUCACCCGGCGGCACAUCGGAAGAGGAGUGAGGCUCUACUACAUUGGCGGGGAGGUGUUUGCUGAGUGCCUUAGUGACAGUGCCAUUUUUGUGCAGUCUCCCAACUGCAACCAGCGCUACGGCUGGCACCCCGCGACGGUCUGCAAGAUCCCUCCAGGGUGUAACCUGAAGAUUUUUAACAACCAGGAGUUCGCGGCUCUCUUGGCCCAGUCCGUGAAUCAGGGUUUCGAAGCCGUCUACCAGCUGACCAGGAUGUGCACGAUCCGCAUGAGCUUCGUCAAGGGCUGGGGCGCGGAGUACAGGCGGCAGACGGUGACCAGCACUCCCUGCUGGAUCGAGCUGCACCUCCAAGGGCCCCUGCACGACGUUCCCAGGAGGAACCGGCCUCCCAGGCCGGACAGCAGGGAGGUGGCAGAGAUCCGGGAUGCAGCCGGGCUCCCAUCGGAGCACGGCCACAGCGGAGGCUGCUCCUGGUCUUGGACGCGGUGCCGCGGGGAGCUCGAGCUGCAGCAUCGACCCUCCGUUCCUUGCAGCCUGCUGCUGUAA